AUGACUAGAAUACCACCAUAUAAAAAUAAAAUCCAAAAUGAAUUGGAAAUAUUUGUCAAAGAACCUUCUCCGGGAAUAGUUUUAGAUACUACUCAAGCUGCAAAAAAUCCCAAUUUAUGGAUUGUAUAUAUUCAAAGUGCUAAUUGUAAUAUGUAUGAAGGACUUGAAGGAGAACAGUUUCAGUUACAGAUCAAAUUUGGUUCCAAUUAUCCUUUUGAACCACCUGAAGUUAAAUUUGUGGGUCAAAACAUUCCUAUUCAUCCAUAUGUGUAUGAUAAUGGGCAUAUUUGUUUAUCCAUUCUUGCCGAUGACUGGUCACCAGUAUUGUCAAUGAAAUACGUUUGCCUUUUAAUUCAAUCCAUGCUUAGCAGCUUCAAUUACAAGAAAAGACCAUUUUCCACUAAUCAAAACGACACAUUGUGGAACCAUUGCGCUAAGAAAAAGAAAAUCUAA